CACCCAAACCAGACUUCCCCGUCGGAAACACCUCCACGGAGAUGUUCGCACUGACCUCUAAGACCAUCGCGCCGGUGGCCGCGCUCCGCGCCACCAAGGCUUCUUCCGCCAAGUCCCGCGCCGUCGUCGUCACCCAGGCGAAGAAGGACGAGCGCGGCGUCUACAUCGGCAAGGGCAAGUGGGUCCAGGACGAUGAGAGCAAGUACGCCGCUCGCGACAACUGGUUCACCGGCGGCUGGCCCGGCGGUGAGGUCGGCCUGAAGGAGGGCUUCAUCCAGGAGCCCUUCGAGAAGCCCUCCCAGGCGCAGAAGCAGUACGACGAGCUCCCCGACGACGCGAAGGGCGAAGACGACAUCUACGUCGGCAAGGGCAAGUACGUCAAGGGCGACGCCAAGAAGUUCGCGGGCAGGGAUAACCUGUUCACCGGCGGCUGGGCCGGCGGCGAGGUCGGCCUCAAGAACGCGGAGCAGCUCAAGCUCAAGGUUGGCGACUACGUUCAGAUCAAGAAGAAGAGCGGAGGCUUCUUCGGCUUCCUCGGAACCAUCACCGGCGGGCCGGCGAAGACGGGCACCGUGAAGAAGGUCGAGGCUGACAAGAGCGGCAAGGUCCAGGUGUCCGUCGCCGUCCUCCCCUUCGACAACGUGGUUGUGUUUAGCGGCGACGAGCUCGAGAAGAUUGACGCCAAUUGAGCUCCACGGCGCCUCGUCGUCCAAAAUUAUUUCGAUGAAACCCACUUCUUUCAACUAGUAUUUCGGCAGGCGGGGAGACUUUGACUUUGCGGCUGUCGCCCGGUCUUGUCUAUGAAGCCUCAGCCAUGUAAAUCAAAAUACGUAUUAUUCACGGAC